UGCAACCUACAGAUAAACAGACAACAUAAGCAGACGACGAGGUUAUAAUAGGGAGAAACACUUAAUGCUGGCAUUUGUGUAAGAGAAAGACUGCUCGUCUGCUGUAUUUAUUCAUGUAAAAGCUCAGAGAAGACUCGGGCUCACUUUACCAUAAUGGUGUCUUACAAGAGGCUGAAUCCAGAAAAUGUUCAGUUUUCUGGGGCACUUUUAUCGGAAGAGCAUCAUCGUUCAGUUGAAGAAGAUGUGGCCGUGCCGCAGCCAGACAACACCUCACUGCUCCCCCGCAGGCUGUCAUGCUCGAUCACCAAAGCUGUCCUAAUACUCGGCUCCCUUCUGCUGCUCCUCUUCGGAGGCUGGCUGCUCCACACCAUAUACUGGCUGCGCAGUACAUCCGGCCCGGCACACAGACCACCACCCCCAGUUCCAGGACAAGCUCCAGGCUCUGUAUUACAAGCAGAUAUAAACAACACUGUGACCACUGCACGCACCAAAGCUUGCAGUGUAAUCCCAGAGGCGUGGAGGUUCGAUUGCUACCCUGAGAGAGGGGUGGUUGUAAACCGAGAGCUGUGCGAGGCAAGAAACUGCUGCUUCAUCCCUGCUUCUACUUCCGCUAGAAGGAAAUCCAGGAAAAAUGGUAUCCCAUGGUGUUUCUAUCCCCCUGAUUUCCCCUCAUACUCUGUGGUGUCAGUGAAUGACACGUCGAUGGGACUCAAAGGGACACUUGUGAAAGAUGUAAAGACUUACUACCCUGGAGACAUCCUGACUCUAGAGAUGGAGAUAAGACAUGAAACAGACACACGCCUGCGUGUCAGAAUAACAGAUCCCUCGAGUUCCCGCUUUGAGGUUCCGAUCUCUGUGCCCACGGCCGUAAAGAAAGCAGAAAACCCCCAGUACGUCGUAGAGCUUUCAAAGCAGCCUUUUGGUCUCAUAGUGAAGAGGAGAUCUACAGGAACUGUGCUCCUGAACACUACUGUGGCUCCUCUCCUCUACGCCGAUCAGUUCCUCCAGUUUUCCACGGCUCUGCCCACUCAGUUCAUUUAUGGCCUGGGUGAGCACCGCUCCACCUUCUUGCACAGCGUUCAGUGGAACACUCUCACCAUGUGGGCCAGAGAUGUUCCUCCUAUGGAACAGACAAACCUGUAUGGGGUGCAUCCAUUCUAUCUGGACAUGGAGAGCGGAGGGGAUGCACAUGGCUUCUUCCUGCUCAACAGUAAUGCAAUGGAUGUGGUCCUCCAGCCUGGCCCCGCCAUAACCUGGCGAACCAUCGGGGGAAUCCUAGACUUUUACGUGUUCCUUGGUCCUGACCCCAGUUCAGUUAUUGAGCAGUAUGUGGAUGUUGUAGGCCACCCAGCCAUGCCCAUCUACUGGGCCUUAGGAUACCACCUUUGUCGAUGGGGCUAUGAUUCCAGUAAUGCGACCUGGGAAGUUGUCAAAAACAUGAGGAAUUAUGGGAUACCUCAGGAUGUCCAGUGGAAUGACAUCGACUACAUGGACCAAGCCAAAGACUUUACUUAUAAUCCGACCAGCUUCAACACCCUCCCCGAUCUUGUCCGCGACCUGCAUGCCCACAACCAGACCUACGUGAUGAUUCUGGAUCCAGGAAUCAGCAGCUCACAGCCUGAGGGCUCAUACUGGCCUUUUGAUGAGGGACUGAAGAGAGGAGUUUUUAUUAAGGACGCCGAGGGAAAAACACUUAUUGGGAAGGUGUGGCCUGGUCCAACAGCAUUUCCAGACUUCUCUGAUGAGGUGACACAUGAAUGGUGGUAUGAAAACCUGCAGCGGUUUCAUCAGAAAGUGCCGUUCAAUGGAUUGUGGAUUGACAUGAAUGAGCCGUCAAACUUCAUGGAUGGAUCUACGGAGAGCUGUCCAUCAAACAGCCUGGAAAAUCCACCUUAUACACCAGGUGUGCUGGGAGGUUUGCUGAGGUCUAAGACUAUUUGUGCUUCUGCACAGCAGAAACUGUCAACACAUUAUAACUUGCACAGUCUUUAUGGACUCAUGGAAGCUAAAGCCACGUCAAGUGCUCUGAAGAGGAUUUUGGCAAAGAGACCCUUUGUGAUCUCCCGCUCCACCUUCCCCAGUCAGGGGUUGUAUUCGGGUCACUGGCUUGGAGACAACCGCAGCCAGUGGAAAGACCUUUAUACCUCCAUCGCAGGUAUGUUGACCUUUAACCUUCUCGGGAUCCCGUUGGUGGGGGCAGAUAUCUGCGGCUUCAGUGAGGAGACGCAGGAGGAGCUCUGUGUCCGCUGGACUCAGCUGGGAGCUUUUUAUCCCUUUGCACGAAACCAUAAUUCCCUCGAUUUGGAGCCUCAGGAUCCGACGGCGUUCAGCCCGCUGGCCCGUACUGCCAUGAAACAGGCCCUGCUGCUGCGUUACUCCUUCUUCCCUUUCCUCUACACCCUCUUUCAUCACGCUCACCUCAAAGGACACACAGUCGCUCGGCCUCUUAUGUUUGAGUUCCCCAAAGACAUCAAAACAUACAGCAUUGACAGACAGUUUCUGUGGGGCAGGAGCUUAUUGGUGACUCCAGUGUUGGAUCCUGGAGUCGACUAUGUGAACGGGUACUUCCCAGAGGGUCUGUGGUAUGACUAUUACACGGGCGACUCUGUGAGCAGCAAAGGAGAAGAACUUCAGCUCAGUGCACCGCUAGAUAAAAUCAACCUGCAUCUGCGUCAGGGCUCUGUGAUACCAACUCAGGAGCCCAACCUGACCCUGUGGGUGAGCAGCGGCCAGCCUCUCCAUCUGGUAUCAGCUCUUUCCGAUGAUGGUUGUGCCAGCGGAGAUCUGUUCUGGGACGACGGAGAAACCCUCGACACCUAUGAGACCGACCGCUACACAUACGUUGUGUUCAACGUCUCCCAGAACGUGAUGACGUCCAACGUGCUUCACAGCAAUGUGGAAGGCUCAUACAUAACCAUUGACUCAGCCUCAUUCUAUGGGGUGAAGGAGAAGCCCAGCAGAGUGCUGGUGAAUUCCCAGGAGGUCCAGUUCGUCUACAGAGACAACCAGGUUUUAUCAGCUGCAAACCUGGGUCUCAGCCUCAUCCAGAACUUCACCAUCAGCUGGAGCUAAUAAUCAGACUGAUAGUUUAUGACAGCGCAUCAGAGACACAGAGAGUAGAGAGUUUUAACAUUUGGCUUCAAGUUUCAACACACUGGAUUUCAACUCACAAAUGCCUGUAACUGUGAUGCUUCAUUGUUUGGUUGCAUCUUUUAAGCCACAGGAAUUUGUUUUGCUUUAAGCUCAAAGGGUAAACCACCGGAGCGUGAUUUUUUUAAAGCCUAAAAAUCCUCUGUUCACUGUAGUUUAAUAGAAGUGUUAAGAGCUGAGAUCCUAACCUUUGGAAUUCACUGAUUUGGAAAACUAAAUGCUUUAUCAGUCAGAGGUGGAAGUGAAAGUUUAUUUGAACUCGACUGGUCAAGUUUGAAUGAACGUGCUUCCUCUUUAACAACCUUUCAUCAAGAAGGGUUUCAUGACUGACAGGCUAACGUUGAUCCACAUACUGCUAACACCGCUUUAUGAUUCAGACCUUUCAUAAUGAAAGCUUAACUCAACGGUUUGCUCUGUCUUCAGUUUGAUCAGAACUACUUUUUAAAAUCUUCUCGUAUGCAGGAAGGUGAUGUGCAAUAAACAAACAGGAGGGUCAAUUUCCAUCCUUAAAAAUGUGACGAAUCUGAAUGUAACUGUUUUCAGUGCGGAAUGAAGUUGCGUGGAUAUUUCUUUUGCACUGUUGUUGCUGCAGUAUUUUAAAGUUAGGGAGAGGUGCCUUAUGCUUUUGUUUUAAUUCCUCUAAGAGAGCGUUUGUUUUUAACUGCUUGUUGUGAGCAAGUUUCCCACUCUGGCGACAUUCAGACUUUAAAGAGGAAAGAUGUUUUAGGAAUUAAGUGGUGCCCAGAUGCAGUUUUUAAUUCAGAUGGGUUAAAUCAUGCAACGUUGAUGAGACAUUUAUGAUUUUAAUGCUGAUCUGAGUUUUGUUCUGAUAUUUUUCAGUUUGUUUUAUGAUCUUAUACAAUCAGUUUGACACAUUUUUGUUAAAAAUAUUUUUUUUUUAAACCCCUUUUCUUUUUAUGAAACGCUUCUGUGUGCAUGGAAGGAAUGAUUUAUUUCAAUAUAAAAGAUGGAGCUAUUGAUGACUGUAAUCAACAAUUUUGAUUCGGGAAAUAUUAGAUGUGGUGUUGCAUUUACCACCACUAGAGGGAGCAGUGUCUCAGUCCUUGUGUUUUUUUUCUCCACAUUUUAACAGCUGUGUCUUUAUAUUUCACAUUGUUUGUUUGUCUAAAAUGCCAGUAUUCUUUUAAAUCAAUAAAGUCAAAAGAUAAAUAAAACUCUCAUUAAUGCAACUAGCUGCUGCUUGGUCUGCCAUUUAAAAGAGGAAAGCUGUGUAGAUGUAUGCUAGACAGGCAAUUAAUAAUGCUCCCGGAAUAUAAUGUGGCUGCUUCUUUCACAUUUCUUCCUCUGUUUCUUUGUGUAUUUCAUUUAAAAUGCAUCAAUAAUGUGGUUUUAAUUGGCAAUUUUUUUGUGAUUGAUAAAAUACUAAAAAAAAAAGCAAGUAAUUUCCCUCCUUUUACAGAACAUUUCAUCUGAAUGAGUUACCAGGCCAAAAGGAAAUUUCAAAGCAAAGUAAAUUGAUGUAUUUUCAUUUUAAUUUGAAUGGGCAACAAUUCGUUCAAUAAAUGUUCUCUUUAAAAUCUG